GGGGUUAGCCACAGGGGACGGCCGUCUGCCACUGAGAGAGCGAGAGAGAAAGAGUGAGUGAGAGAGAGAAUAGGAUCGAGGAAAGAAACGGGAAAGAAACAAAGGAAGGACAAAGCGGAAAAAGGCCAAUAGAGCGCUGGUCGUUUGGCAACGUUGUCCGACCUGGUGUUGUUUUUUUGUUAACGUAAAAAAAAUAUGAAAGGGAAUGUUACGAAAUAGGCAGCUGUGAUUGUCGCAACCCACUUUAAUCUGUAACGCACUUACAGAUAUUUUUUUGUUGCAUUAUUUAUUAAAUUCGUCUCUUUUCAUACUUUUUUGGAAACGUAUAGGCUUUUUUUUUGCUGUUUUACAUUGAGAAGGAGAACACAACUUUUGGUGCUUCAUCUCUUUAAUAUUUUUUUUGUUUUGUUAUCGGUUUUUGUCAUGUUUUGACAAAGAUAACAGCACAGUAAGGCACGGUGGACGUUAGAGAGGGGGAGAAGAGUACAGUUUACAGAUUUUUUUUGCGGGAGCUGCGUUCGAGGAAUGGGAGCCAGACUCCUGUCACUGACCCGUCUGCUCGUGCUCGCGCUGGCAUGCGGGCUCAGCGCGCGGGGAGAAACGCCACGACAAGACGUCAGACCCGAGGUGUGGUUACAGCAGUAUGGCUACCUGCCACCAGGUGAUCUCCGUGUCCAGUCCAUCCGCGCCCCUCACUCCAUCACCUCAGCUAUUUCUGCUAUGCAGCGUUUCUACGGCCUGACGGUCACCGGCUCCAUCAACCCCGACACUGUCGCGGCGAUGAAGAGGCCGCGAUGCGGUGUCCCGGACAAGUUUGGGGCGGAGCUGAAGAGCAACCUGAGGAGGAAGCGCUACGCCAUCCAGGGGCUGAAGUGGGACAAGACUGAGCUCACUUUCUGUAUACAGAACUACACCCCUAAGGUCGGGGAGUACGAGACGUUCCAGGCCAUCCGCCAGGCCUUUCAGGUGUGGGAGGGGGUCACACCAUUGCGCUUCCGUGAGAUCCCCUACCACCUGAUCCGGGACAAGGUGGAGAGCUUCGCCGACAUCAUGCUGUUCUUCGGCGAGGGUUUCCACGGCGACAGCAGCCCCUUCGACGGCGAGGGGGGCUUCCUGGCCCACGCGUACUUCCCGGGACAGGGCAUAGGGGGCGACACUCACUUCGACGCUGCCGAGCCCUGGACCGUCGGGAAUACCGACCUGACCGGUAACGACGUGUUCCUGGUGGCGGUGCACGAGCUGGGCCACGCCCUGGGCCUGGAGCACUCCAACGACCCGUCGGCCAUCAUGGCUCCGUUCUACCAGUGGAUGGACACGGAGCACUUCGUCCUGCCCGACGACGACCGGCGCGGCAUCCAGCAGCUCUACGGGUCAGGGUCAGGUGGCCCCCACCCACCCCCCCGCGUGACAGACACCCCCCGUCACAAUCCCCGCCCCACGCACCCCCCCUACAAGCCCGAGGCCCCGCCCUAUGGGCCCGACGUCUGCGAGGGCCACUUCGACACCAUCGCCAUCCUCAGGGGAGAGAUGUUCGUCUUUAAGGAUAAGUGGUUCUGGCGGGUCCGUAACAGGCGGGUUCUGGACGGGUACCCCAUGCCCAUCGGACAUUUCUGGAGGGGACUUCCCGCUUCCAUUGACGCCGCAUACGAGAGGGAUGAUGGGAAAUUUGUUUUCUUCAAGGGAGACAGGCACUGGGUGUUCAGCGAGUCGAUCUUGGAGCAGGGGUACCCCAAACCUCUGAGGGAGAUGGGCAGUGGGCUCCCCAAAGACCGGCUGGAUGCUGCACUGCUCUACACUCCCACGGGCAUGACCUACUUCUACAGGGGAAACAAAUAUUACAGGUUCAAUGAGAACACUCGCUCUGUGGACCCAGAGUACCCCAAACCCAUCAACGUGUGGCAGGGCGUGCCCGACAACCUCAAAGCCGCCUUCAUGAGCAAGGACGGAGGACACACCUACUUCUACAAGGCCAAUAAGUACUGGAAGUUCAACAACCAGCAGCUGCGAGUGGAGCCUGGCUAUCCCAAAUCCGCGCUGCGCGACUGGAUGAGCUGUCCGGAGGAGGACCCUAAGACCGGGGGAGGCGGAGGAGGGGGUGGAGACGGGGGCAGGGGCGGAGACGGGGGCAGGACUGGAGGCGGGGACGGGGGCAGGACUGGAGGGGGAGACGGGGGCAGGACUGGAGGCGGGGAUGGGGGCAGGGGCGGGGACGGGGGCAGGACUGGAGGCGGAGACGGGGGCAGGGGCGGGGACGGGGGCAGGGACGAGGACAGGAAGAAGGUGGAGGAGACGGAGGUGAUCAUCAUCGAGGUGGAGGAGGGGGGUGCGGCAGGGGGCGUGGCCGGGGCAGCGGUGGCGGUGCCAAUCAUGCUGCUGGUGUGCGUGAUCGCCGCCCUGGGGGCCGUCCUGUUCUUCCGCCGCUAUGGCACCCCGCGACGCCUCCUCUACUGCCAGAGAUCCCUGCUGGACAAAGUGUAGAGAGAGAGAGAGAGAGAGGGAGAGAGGG